GCGGUUCUUUCGGCUUGCGUUGCCCGCCCUCGCGCAGCCAUGGACGAGAUGGAGGAAGAGCUCAAGUGCCCCGUGUGCGGCUCCUUCUUCCGCGAGCCCAUCAUCCUUCCCUGCUCGCACAACAUUUGCCUGGCGUGCGCUCGCAACAUCCUGGUCCAGACGCCCGACACCGAGUCCCCGCAGAGCAGCCGAGCCUCCGGGUCCGACUACGACUACCUGGACCUGGACAAGAUGAGCUUGUACAGCGAGGCGGACAGCGGCUACGGCUCGUACGGGGGCUUCGUCAGCCUGCCCACCACCCCGUGCCAGAAGUCCCCCAACGGGGUCCGAGUGUUCCCCCCGGGGCCGGCGGCGGCCGCCCCGCACCCGCAAGCGCCCUCCGCGCAACCCGGCUGCCUGGCGCCCAUCCCCCGCAACUCGUGCCUCACGUGCCCGCAGUGCCAUCGCAGCUUGUUGCUGGACGAGCGGGGUCUGCGCGGCUUCCCCCGCAACCGGGUGCUGGAGGGCGUCGUGGAGCGCUACCGCCAGGGCCGGGCGGCAGCCCUCAAGUGCCAGCUGUGCGAGAGGAACCCCCGCGACGCCACCGUCAUGUGCGAGCAGUGCGACGUGUUGUAUUGCGAGCCGUGCCGGAUGCGCUGCCACCCGCCUCGCGGGCCCCUCGCCAAGCACCGGCUGGUGCCGCCCGCCCAGGGCCGGGUCGGGGGGCCCGGGCGACGCGCCGCGCCCCGCAAGACCUCCACCUGCACGGAGCACGAGCUGGAGAACCUGAGCAUGUACUGCGUGCAGUGCAAGACGCCCGUGUGCUACCAGUGCCUGGAGGAGGGCAAGCACGGCACGCACGAAGUCAAGGCGCUGGGAGCCAUGUGGAAGCUGCACAAGGGUCAACUGUCUCAGGCUCUCAACGGGCUCUCGGACCGAGCCACCGAGGCCAAAGAGUUCCUGGUGCAGCUCAGGAACACCGUGCAGCACAUCCAGGAGAACGGCGUGGAGUUCGAGGCCUGUCUGGUGGCGCAGUGCGACGCCCUCAUCGACGCGCUGAACCGCCGCAAGGCUCAGCUGCUCGCUUGCGUCAACAAGGAGCACGAGCACAAGCUCAAGGUGGUGCGUGAUCAGAUCUCGCACUGCACGGUGAAGUUGCGCCAGACGACGGGCCUGAUGGAGUACUGCCUGGAGGUGAUUAAAGAGAACGACCCGAGCGGCUUCCUCCAGAUCUCGGACGCGUUGAUCCGGAGGGUUCUGAUGACGGAGAGCCAGUGGGGCAAAGGGACGCUGACGCCGAGGAUGACCAGCGACUUUGACCUGACGCUGGACAGCGCGCCGCUUCUGCAGACCGUCCACCAGCUGGACUUUGUGCAGAUGAAAGUGCCGUCGGCUCCGAUGCUCCAGCUGGAAGAAUGCUGCACGGAGAACAAUAGCGGCACAUUGUCAUGGAAACAACCGCCGCUCUCCGCCAUCGCCGUGGACGGCUACAUCCUGGAGCUGGACGACGGCGACGGCGGCCACUUCAGGGAAGUGUACGUGGGGACGGAGACCAUCUGCACGGUAGACGGUCUGCACUACAACAGCACGUACAAAUCCAGGGUGAAGGCCUUCAACGCCAGCGGCGUGGGACAAUACAGCAAGACGCUCGUCUUGCAGACCUCCCAGGCUGGGCUUCCUCCGUGUGACAUGCGGUCAGUGGCCUGGUUCGCAUUGGACUCGGCGUCGGCGCACCCGGACAUCAUCUUGUCCAACGACAACCUGACGGUGACGUGCAACAGCUACGACGACCGCGUGGCCCUGGCCGGCGCGGCCUUCUCACGCGGCAUCCACUACUGGGAGAUGACGCUGGACCGCUACGACAACCACCCCGACCCCGCCUUCGGGGUGGCGCGCGCCGACGUCCUGAAAGACGUCAUGCUGGGCAAGGACGACAAGGCCUGGGCCAUGUACGUGGACAACAACCGCUCCUGGUUCAUGCACAACAACUCGCACACCAACAGGACGGACGGCGGCAUCAGCAAAGGCUCCACCAUCGGCGUGCUGCUGGACUUCACGCGCAGGAUCCUCAUCUUCCUCAUCAACGACGAGCAGCAGGGGCCCGUGGCUUUCGAAAGCCUGGAGGGGGCCUUCUACCCGGCCAUCAGCCUCAACCGGAAUGUACAGGUGACGCUGCACACCGGCUUGCCCAUCCCGGAUUUCUACACCCCGGGGGAGGUUGAUCCUGCCGCUCACAUGUGCUAAACGCCUCAAACUCCCCCCCCCCCCCCCCACCGCCCCCCCUCGACCUUUUUAAAAAGCACAGUGAGUAAGAGGGAGUUUUAACUCUCAACGAAUAUGCUUUUGUUAGUGCGUUUCAUCAUGUCGGCGCUUCUCGUGGCUGCUUGUGUGGAAAAGCGACGACAAAAAGUCUCUUUUUUUUGUACUUUAUUUCGCAAAAGAGUGUAUAUGUUGUUGGUGUUUUGUAAGCUAUUUUAAGCAUAGGAGUCAUUUUAGUUGCUUGAUAAUGUAGUGUGUGUGGGAUUAAAAAUCAGGGCAUAUCGGAUUUAUUUAAAAAAAAAAAUUCCCCCAGCCGGGGAAGCACUUACUGAACAUCUCAAGGAGUCUACAUGAGCUUGCCGAGCCAUAAUGUUAGGUACGCCGGCGAAAUUGCAGCAUCGGCCUUAACGUCAAAUGACUUCCACGCCGCAACACGGCAUCCCGCAAUCGGAUAAAUAGAUGACGUCAGCCGGAGCCUGUUGUCAUGUUUAAAAUUGUGCUCUGAAAGCGACAAUAGCUUUCGACGCGACAGAACGGGAGAAGUGAGCGUUAUCCUAGCGUCACGGCAGUCCCCUUUUUUUUUUUUUUUUUUCAAGCGCUUCUAACUUUCACGCAGAGAUCCUGCAAAACAGUAACGGAAGACCCAGCAUUUAUCAUUUAUUUAAGUUCAACUUCCCAACCCCGUUCCAGCGUUUGUUCGCCUGUGCCUUUUCCACAGAACCCAGCAAAGGCGGGAUAUCGGCAUAGUCGCCUUUGUACCCACAUUUCGGUGCCAUAUACUCACGAGAGCAACAUGGGAAAAAAAGUAUCGGCUUUUACAGGGAGCGCGAAAGGGGCUUUUCACACAACUCUUGUAUCGGCUCUCAUUCACGGGUGUACCUAAUGUUGCGUCCGGCAAGGUGCUAUUAUCCUGCUUUAAACUGCUGUUCGAUACCCGGGGAGACAGUGCAGGGCAGAGCGGAGUCCACUGGGUCACCCUGUCACGUCGCCCGCUGCUACUUCUGUAGGAACAACAAAGCCCAGCUACAAUAAGUAUAAUAUAAUAAUAAUAUAUUUAUAUGAUAUAUAUGUACAGUAUAUAGAACAGGAUGUUAUCAUCAGGUGUUUGUUCCGCUUGUUGCCAUGACAACAGCAUCCCUCUCAGACCACCACAAUGACUUUAAAUGUGUUUUUUGUUUUUUUUUCCUUUAAAAACUGAAGACUUAUAGACGUAUGAAAGUGUGAGCGAGCAAAUUAAAGCGAUUCGCAGAUGAUUUGUUCGUCUAUCGCAGCUUUUUAUGAAUUAUUAUUGCGCAGUCGCUGGGCGACACCGGCUCAUAUACAAUAUAUACAUACAAUCUAUUUAAAUGUACAUAAGCCUCUAUGUGCGCGGGAGGUUAUUUCUGUUCUAAUUUAACGCCACGAAAUGGUUCUUUGUCUCAUCCAUUACAAGAUGUCUGCUCCGUUAUUAUUAUGAUUACAAUUAUGAUGAUUAUUUGAGCCUAAUAUGAGCCUGUGUUUU